CUUUUAUUUCUCGUUAGUGUCCAUUAAUUCUUAUAUAACUCACUUUUGAUGGCUAACAUUUAAUUUCCUUAUUCGUUGUAGAGCAAACAAUGUAAGUUAGCAGUGGGAUCCAUUGAAAACAUUGUAGCACAUGGUACAAUGUACGAGACAGUUUCCAGUGAUGAAGCAAUGCAUACCCAACUAGGAGAUUCUAAUGUGCGUGUCACCGUUGAUUUUGUGAUAGUACCAUAUGCUCAUCUUCCCAUACCUAUGCUAGGAAGUGUGACUCUUGUAGGCGAGGCCAUGGGGUAUCAAGUGGCCUGGCCCAAAAACCUCGUGUUGGUUGACGAUGAGGCAAUGCCGAAACAUCUACCAAAACAAAACAAGUUGAGAACCAAGAGUGAUUUGCCACAUCCGAAGCCAAAUCCAAAAGGAAAAAAGAGAAAACAAUGUAAGUUAGCAAUGGGAUCCAUUGAAAACAUUGUAGCUCAUGGUAGAAUGUAUGAGAGAGUUUCCAGUGAUGAAACAAUACAUACGCUACCACUGGGGGAUCUUAAUGUGCGGGUGUACGUUGAUUUUGUGAUAAUACCACAUGCCCUUCUUCCCAUACCUAUUCCAGGAGAUGAGACUAGUGUAGGUGAGGUAAUGGGGUAUGAAUUGGCCUGGCCCAAAAAUCUUGUGUUUGUUAACGAUGAGGGAGCUUCAAAACAUCUGCCAAAACAAGCCAACAAGAGGGCUCCGGAGCAUGUUCAAGUGAGUGCCAAUGAGGCAACUUCAAAAAAUGUUGAUUCGGACAAGUAUUUGGAGUCUAUUCAGCUUUUUGCUUCAUAUGCUAUGAUUAUGGAGUAUGAAGAUACCAUGCUCAUUAUACUAGAGAAGGGCAUAUUUGGUGUCGAGCUUGAGUUUUCACUUACAAGAGAAGACAUGGAGUUCAUUUGUCAAUUUAAAGAAUUAUCUAUCUCAUGCAUAAUGUUGUACAUCAGUUAUCUUCAUGUGGCUAUGAAGGAAACCAAUUUGGAUACUAGAUUUCUAUUCAUUAACCCCUCCAUCAUCAGUGGAAAAUUCAAGGCUGGGGAAGUCUCAAAAGCAACGAUGCUGUCAAAUAGACUACAGGAAGCCAAGGCUGGCCAACUAGUUUUUGUUCCUUACAAUUUGGAGUACCAUUGGAUGUUGGCUGUCAUUGACUUGUCUUCUGCUAUAAUAUAUUACUUUGACUCAAUUUAUAGUAAGAUCAAUGUUAACCUUCAACUCAUCAUAGAAACUGCACUCAAAAUUUAUGAUUCCAGCAAAGGAAACAGAAGGAGAAAUCCUAGUUGGAAAGUCAUUAAGUGCCCGAAACAACCAACUGAGGUGGAAUGUCGAUUUUACGUGAUGAGGUUCAUGAAAGAUGUGAUAAAAGACCCAAGCAUCUUAAGCAAUCGGGAUGGAAGUUUUAUUCAUAGUGUUGGUUCUGGUGUUGUUGCUAGAGUUGUUGAUUGGAAUGCCUCUUGUUUUAAUGUGACUCCUGUGUUGGUGGAUAGCCAGUGUAUCACCACUAGGGUUGAGCAGCUUCAAUCUUCAGUUUAUUUCUAUAUUUCAGUAGUAUAUGGUGCUAAUAGUGUUCCUGAUAGAAUAUUACUUUGGGGUGUUUUGAGGUCCUUAUAUGGGAUUAUUGGCGAAAUUCUAACACUAGCAUUUUAUGUAUUUGUUUCAGUUCAUAUGCCGGACGGUGCAAUGUUUUCUGGACCGAUCGACGAAGAUCAUGUUGGUUGA